CAAGAUCUUGGAGGCACACGGGGAAAAUUUUAUAUUUUAAACGAAAAUCAACAAGUGGACUCUCCGAUCUGUGAAUCUCUGAGAGUGUCGGGGGCUUUUGACAAAGGCUGAGCCCGACGUGAUGCUAAUCGAAAGGCGACAGUAUGACGGCCUCAAAGCUUGACCUGUCCCGGUGGAUUGUAGAGUAAAAUUGCAGUGGUUCUUCCACAGGAAAUUUUAAUUUUUUGGCUUUCCUGGAAUGGAACAAACACAAUUCCGAGACGGAGCUGAGACCCAGCUGCUCUGGGGCGGAAGAGGGAGCCGGGAGCCAAUCAGCGCGCGGCGUGGCUGUGUGUUUAUAUAGACGCUCUCCGCACCGGCCGCGCCGCUCGCAGACUCGUUUUUUUUAAUCUGCCAGGUUUCCUCGCCGACGACCAUGUCCGAGACCGCACCGACCGCGCCUCCCGCUCCUUCUGCGGAGAAGACGCCCGCGAAGAAGAAGCCGCGCAAGUCCGGCGGGGCCGCCAAGCGCAAGGCGUCCGGGCCGCCGGUGUCCGAGCUCAUCACCAAGGCGGUCGCCGCCUCCAAGGAGCGCAGCGGCGUGUCGCUGGCCGCGCUCAAGAAGGCGCUGGCGGCCGCGGGCUACGACGUGGACAAGAACAACAGCCGCAUCAAGCUGGGCCUCAAGAGCCUGGUGAGCAAGGGCACCCUGCUGCAGACCAAGGGCACCGGCGCCUCGGGCUCCUUCAAGCUCAACAAGAAGGCGGCCUCCGGGGAGGCCAAGCCCAAGGCCAAGAAGGCGGGCGCGGCCAAGCCCAGGAAGCCCGCGGGCGCGGCCAAGAAGCCCAAGAAGCCCGCGGGCUCGGCCACCCCCAAGAAGAGCGCCAAGAAGACCCCGAAGAAGCCCAAGAAGCCGGCGGCGGCGGCGGGAGCCAAGAAAGCGGCCAAGAGCCCCAAGAAGGUGAAGGCCGCCAAGCCCAAGAAGCCGGCCAAGAGCCCGGCCAAGGCCAAAGCCGCCAAGGCCAAGGCCCCCAAGCCGAAAGCUGCCAAGACCAAGAAGGCUGCCCCCAAGAAGUGAGGACCCGUCUGACUCCGUGAAUACAAAGGCUCUUUUCAGAGCCACCCACGUCAUCAGACAAAGAGCUGGUGGCACCACAUUCCCUGGAUGGGGUGGGAGGCGGCGGGCCUGAGGCUGUUCUUACACGUUGCGCCUGGUGCUUGGUGGUCUGUGUGUUGAGUAAGUACACGUUUACUUUCCCAGUGAAGGGUUUGGCGCGCUAAAGUGCUUUUGGGGUUAAGGUUGGGCAGCGCUCGCUUAUCCAGGGCUCCACUAUUUGCCCUUGACCCAGCCAGGUAUCCAGAAAAGACUUUAUUGCUGAAUAGGAGUCGGUGAUACCAUGUGAGAAGUUGUGAAUAAAAAGUACACAAACUUGCCUGCACUUAAAGAAAAAAAAGCUGUUUUUCUUUAAUUGUGAAAAUUAAAGCCUCAUUUCCCACCACAA